UACCAUGGAAACGAGUUGUCUACAAUUAUUUCGUUGAUUUGUUUUCAUCAAAAUGUCUAAUAAAGUAAGCACUUCAAAAAGCUCAUUUGAUCGCUUCACUAAAACUUCAAAGGGAUCAUCGCAUAAAAGUGAAAAAUCCUAUAAAAGUACGCUAAAAAAAGUCGUCACUUCAAAAAAGAUAACUUCGAACUGUGCCGAAAGUAAAAGUUGUUCGAGCGGGGUACUUAGUACCAAAAAGUGUGUCCCAAAGCCUAAGAAGACCACUAAAUCUGACUCAACCGUUGCUAAAAAGUGCCAGAACAAUGUGGUAGACUACUGCAAGAAGUGUGGCGACGACAAACCGCAGCAGACCCAGGAGGAGAUAUCCUCAAUCCUCAACACGAUGAACAUCAGAUGUGUGAAGAACGACAAUAUUGUAAAGGCUGAAAAAAAGCCAUCGAAGUCAGUGCAACAGUACUAUAAAAAUGAGAACUUCUACACGUCUGCUGACUCAGGGCAGGACACCAGUGGAGACAAUAAAAAAGCAUCCCUCGACACCAUACGAGAAGUGUCAGAACUGCAAAGUUUCACAGACCUUCGAGACACGACCGAUGACUCCAUCUUCCACAUAUAUUCAGACUCGGAUGAUGACGUAACAUGCAUAAACCCAAGCAGCGACGAGAACAUAAAGAAACUGAAAGAAUUCCGGCUGAAAAAUUACUUUGAAUGUCACUCAGCAAAGUCUAGGAUCAAAUCGAAAGGGAGCGUCACAAGUCUCGCCGAACAUAAGUGCGUUUACAGAUUUUAUCUCAACGAUCGUUUGUUUCCAGUUCCAUUGAACACUGACCACAAUAAUAAGAUCAGGUGCGUCGAGUGCCACCUGCCAAUGGACGUUAAAAAGGAGUCUACAAGUGAUAAAAUCAAUGGGACCAUCCAAGCGAAAGUUAAACUUGGUACCACUGACCCUCAGGACAUGAUUCUUCUUCUCCCAGUUAAAGACUCUCUUAUCAUUGAAGAGAGGAGAAAAGAAACUAGGAAGAAUGAUGAGUUUGUAUACUUCGGUAUUGUAAAACUCAGUGCCACUGGCGACUCAAUAUUUAACAGGACUCUACCAGAAAACUCUCUAGCUUUGAAGUACCAGAAAGGUUAUCAGGAGCAUCAUGAAGACAGCAGAUACAAUUAUAAGAAGAUUCAAGAAGAUGACGUCAUAAUAAUUUAGGUAAGAGUUUGUUUUUGUCUUAGUUAUUAAAUUUGACUGUAAAUGUUUAAAAUGUAUGAACAAUGUAUGUAUA